GAAGUUGGACUUGUUCUUUUUGAAUUAAUUAAUUAUUAUCCAUUUUUGUCACCUCCAAAAUGCUUACGCUAAAAACUCCGAAAAGUCACUAGGAUACACAUCACUUGGUCCAAGUCUUUACCAAAAAUCCAAAGAGUUACACCAUAUAAUAUACACACGCACCUCUUCAACUUUCUCAUACAUAUAACAUCACCAUAAUUCUCAUCUGAAAAAAAGAUCAAAAAAUGUUUCGUGUGAGUAACAAUUUAGUAGGAAUUCUGAACAUAAUCACAUUUCUUAUAUCAAUUCCAAUUAUAGGAGGAGGUAUAUGGCUAUCAAAACAAGCAGAUACAGAAUGUGAGAAGUUUCUUGAAAAGCCAGUUAUAGCACUUGGAGUAUUUGUCAUGUUGAUUUCACUUGCUGGUCUUAUUGGUUCUUGUUGUAGAGUUACAUGGCUUUUAUGGGUGUACCUUCUUGUUAUGUUCUUGUUGAUUGUUUUGAUUUUUUGUUUCACUGUAUUUGCCUUUGUGGUGACUAAUAAAGGUGCUGGUCAAGCAUUAUCUGAUAGAGGGUAUAAAGAGUAUAGGCUUGGUGAUUAUUCUCAUUGGUUAACAAAAAGAGUUAAUAAUCAUUGGAGUAGGAUUCAGAGUUGCUUGCAGGAUAGUAAGAUCUGCAAAACAUUGAUUGAUGAUGGUGUAGGCUCUACCACCAAAGUUGAAGAUUUUUACAAGAAACAUCUUUCUGCUCUUCAGUCUGGUUGCUGCAAGCCAUCAAAUGACUGCAACUUUACCUACGUGAGCCCGACUAGCUGGAACAAGACUUCAACCUCAUCCUUGGGCAAUCCAGACUGUAACCUGUGGAGCAAUGAUCCGAAUGUCUUGUGUUACAGCUGCGAGUCCUGCAAAGCCGGGCUGCUAGACAAUAUCAAGAGUGACUGGAAGAGGGUGGCUGUACUCAAUAUCAUAUUCCUUGUCUUCCUCAUUAUUGUAUACUCUGUUGGAUGCUGUGCUUUCAGAAACAAUAGGCGUGAUAAUUCUUAUAAGCGUUACCCUUAAGAUUGCUCCUUCAAUCAUAUGGUGUUUCGUGAUGCCCUUUUGAUCAGUUCUUUAGAUUUUUGUGGCGUAUUAUAUGGAGUAGACCGUUUAGUAUGUACAGAGGAGUAUUUGAGUUGAUUACUUUGGGUUUAUGUGAAUUCCUAUUAAUAAUGCAUGAGUUUGUUGUUCAGAAUAUGACAUUGGUUGCA